GAACACAUUUUUUCACUCGUUUGAUAUUCUCAAAUAAGGUAUCGAUGCAGUAUGACCAGUUUUCAAACAAAUACCUCUAUUUUCUGUCAGAUUUUGUUACUUUUAGCUUAUUGCAUUACAGGCUAUACUGCUUCAAAUCAGCGCCUUAGGCGUUCCGUAAGUAAGUCAUUCGAGGAAAGACAUGUUAAGCCUAUCAACAGAAUAAGCAAUGUGUGCAGUAAGCUACAUAACGAAGCACCUAAAAGGGAAGGUAUUGGCAAGCAAAGCUUCAUACUUAUACCAACAAUGGGGACAGAGGCUUUAAAUGACGCCAGGACAGCGUUUUAUUCAGAGAUAAAUUCACUUGUGUUUGCGCUUAUGACAAAUAAAUAUGACGGAUGCAAAUUACAAAAGGGGAACAAUAAUUCCAGAAACACAUGUAGAAAUCGAAACACACCCAUGCACCCGAAAUACCUUUGUACAUUCGAUAUGACUAAAUUUAGUCGUAUGAUAUACGUUGGGGAGUGUACCAAAAGCAGUUUUGGAAAUCAACAUGUAUGUAGGUACUCCAACAAAGGAUUUUUUACUAUUGGUGUUUUUAAAACAAGAGCUGUUGACAUGACGAAAACAUGGUUUCUGAUUAAUCACAUGGAACAUUCAAUGUUGGAUCGAACAAUGACUUGCAGAUCUCCAUAGAGUCUGUCAAAACUUUAAAAAAUCAUAAAGAAAUUAGUUUUUCAGUUUACUGAAUUGAAUUUUAUAAAACUUGUUAUCAAAGACCUUUAUAUAGACA